AGAACCUACAAUUCUUCCAUUUACUUUCUCGACUCUUGUCUCCAAGAAAGCAAGAGAGAAAAAAAAGUGAUUCAAACUAAUCUCUUUUGACGUAAUGGCGAGUGAAACAGAGGACAUCAAGUACGAAGAGAGUUUCAUAAAGAACACUCGAGGAUUUAAGUUGUUCACGUGCAGAUGGAUACCAGCAAACCAAGAGCCAAGGGCUUUAGUUUUCCUUUGCCAUGGAUAUGGCAUGGAAUGCAGCAUCACCAUGAAUAGUACUGCAAGGAGGAUCGUGAAGGCAGGAUUUGCAGUAUAUGGAAUGGAUUAUGAGGGACAUGGCAAAUCUGAUGGGCUUAGCGCUUAUAUCCCAAACUUUGACCACCUCGUUGAUGAUGUCUCCACUCACUACACAACUAUUUGCGAGAGAGAAGAGAACAAAUGGAAGAUGAGGUUUCUGUUAGGAGAGUCAAUGGGAGGAGCAGUGGUUUUGUUGCUACGCAGGAAGAACCCUGACUUUUGGGAUGGAGCUAUCUUGGUCGCUCCAAUGUGUAAGAUCGCAGAAGAAAUGAAGCCAAGUCCUUUUGUUAUUUCGAUAUUAACAAAGCUUAUCUCCAUUAUACCCAAAUGGAAAAUCAUUCCUAGUCAAGAUAUCAUCGAGAUUUCAUAUAAAGAGCCAGAAAUAAGAAAACAGGUUAGAGAAAAUCCGUUAUGCUCCAAAGGACGACCACGCUUGAAAACUGCGUAUGAGCUCUUAAGGAUCAGCAACGACUUGGAGAAGUCACUUAAAGAGGUUUCAUUGCCGUUUAUGGUAUUACACGGAGGUGAUGAUAAAGUAACAGAUAAAGCAGUGAGCCAAGAACUGUACAAGGUUGCGUUGAGCGCUGACAAGACCUUAAAGUUGUACCCUGGGAUGUGGCACGGUUUGCUCAACGGCGAGACACCAGAGAACAUUGAAAUUGUCUUUGCCGACGUCAUCGGAUGGUUGGAAAAAAGAAGUGAUUAUGGAAAUGAUAGGUUUGAGUCGGAGCUUAAACAGAAUAAUGAUGGUUUUAAUUUCAAGGAAUAGUCGUUUGACUUGCUACAUUUUUUUACACAAGUGUUUUGAUGAAAUUCUGGUGUUUUGCAUUUUGAUUUUUAAUGCUGCUAUUG